UGUCAUUCCAAGGUUGUUGGAGCCUCCCUUUCUAGGUUUCUACCUCGAUGUUUUAACUCGUAUCUAUGGAGGUUUAUACCUCGCGUGUCGAACGCUGUUUGUUCUGUGCCCCCUGAGCCUACUCCCCCCCCCGCCUGAGCUCUGAUUGGCCCAGUACGGGACACACACCGACGAAACGGCAAACCACCCAACUUGCGGCAACCAUUGCAAGCCCCUUUCCGCUUCUAGUUAGCGUUUAAAAUUUCGACGCGAAAACGGCAAACAGGAAAAUUUUUCCAUAGCUACGAUUGGUCAGAGCUCUCACCGCCCCCUCUUUUUCUGCCAAGGCACCAGACAAAACAGACAAACUUCAGGAGACAUCUCCUUCUCUUUCUUUCUGCCACCAUCCGGACCAACGCUCAUCCAGCUCCAACCUCCCCCCUCCUCUCUUUUGUUAUCCAGUGUGUUUUUCUCUCUCCGUCUUUCAUUUCAUUCUCUGUCCUAUUUCUCCUCCUGUCUCUGAUCCCCCUGGUUGUAUUGAAAACGUUACGGAGUACGCAACACCCACUUCUGUUUGUCAUCGUUCCUAUUCUUUUUGUGGCUAGCCCUUUGUCCACCGGCCCUUGUCCGCACUAUUAUUUGCGUUAUCUGCCCCCUAUUUUUCGUAGGCUCGGCGGAGUCGAGAAAGUUGCAGAUCAGUAAAAAAAAAAAAAAACUUUCUUCUUCAAGAGGCGGAUCGCCUCUUUUGUCGGAUCUCUUCACUGCCGUCGGAUUAUCCCGUGCAACCAACAACGGGACGGACGGACUCUUUGCUGAAUGCGAAGCAUCCCGAAUCUAUAUCAAGAGUCAUUCUCAGUCUCCUUAGAAAACCACUUGUAACAUUUGUAUUUAUUAUUCACGGCUGCUUGUUUUUCCUUACUCUCCCCUGGAGAAGCAACGUCACGAUUUCGCUUUCUGCAUAUAUCGAAUUCUCUGCUCGCUAUUUUCGACGGUUUAAGCCCCCAAUGUCGCCAAAUACCUCAGCAAACCCCCCUCGUUCAGUCCGUCGAAGACCUUCUCUGCUAGCUGGCUUCCGUCCCAAAACUGCGACAACUGGAGCCGAUCCGCCUUUGCCCCCGUUGCCCCCGUUACCUUCGCGUCCACACACUGGCGUAUGGGUCCCUCACAAGGAUGGAAGCUAUCGAGAAGCAGUUUCGCCCUUCUCCCAUGAGAUUGCGGUGUGCGACCCGGGAACCGGGCAAUUACAACCACAACAACCCGGCUAUAUUGCAACGCCUACCCUGGUCGAAUCGGAAGAUGACAAUACUUUUCCUUCCCUGAAAACAAGACAUCGCGCCAGCAAAAGCUUCUCCAACCUGCGUCAUGGCGUCACACAUGAGUUGAGGGCCGUUGCACGUCGCCUUUCCUUGACACUUCGGCACAAGUCUUCCAAGUAUAACCUCGCAGUACCCAUGGGAGGGAAAGACGAUGGUAAUACUUCGGACGACUAUAGGUCGGCCGAUUCUGGAGCUGUCAUGGGACCCCGACCCGGUCGUUCAUUCCAUCGCCCUUCCUACAGUAAUCUCAAUGCACUCAACCGUUAUGGUUCGCCGCCACCCCCAGUACCCUACGUGGCAGAUCCUAUUCCAGGAAAUGGCUCGGAGCCGCCAAUUCUCCCUGAUGAUCUCUCGCGUGGCGCCGCUGCCAGAGCUGCUGCGGCUGCUCAAAAUGAGAUGGUCAAGAUUGGCCGCGUGGCCUCAGGCGGCGAUUCGAAGAUUUUUGAGUCUGAGACGGUUCUGCUCGAAGAGUCAGAUGUGUCAGGGGACUCCGAGAGUGGCAUCGAUGUUAAUCUACAAAAUAAUGUAGACGUCUCUAAGGAUGAUUCUGAGGUUGUGCGCAAAAAUCCUAUGGACUAUCUACCCGCUGAACUUAUGGCGCAUGUCCUCUCGUUUCUUGAUGCCGACUCACUGAGACAAACCGAAUUGGUUUCCCAUCAAUGGAACGAGCUGGCCUCUUCCCAUCAUGUGUGGAGAGAAGCUUUCUGGCACGAGUACAAGCGCGGGCCUAAUACCGGAAAAGUAGCAAACGGACAACCAAGGUAUAUGGGGCUGGGACGUGUUCGGCCGAACCAGGAUUGGAAGAAAAUGUUUGCCGUUCGACGGGCUCUGGAAUCUCGCUGGAAGGAAGGCAAAGCUGCCGCAAUCUACUUACAUGGACAUAAAGACAGCGUUUAUUGUGUUCAAUUCGAUGAAGACAAAAUCAUUACAGGUUCCCGCGACCGAACCAUUCGUGUCUGGGACGCACACUACCCCUGGCCCUGCCUCAAGAUUAUCGGUGCCCCUCCCGACCCAAAAUCACCGUCCACACUAGGCCGGCUCGUAAUCGACCCCCCAGACGACGAUGACGCCGCACGAAUCCCAUUCAUCAGCAUUAGUCCUCCGGCCCGCUCGUCCCCAGACCUAUUCUCCCCCACCUCCGCGACAGGCGACUACCACCGUGCCUCUAUUCUCUGCCUCCAGUUCGACGACGAGAUCCUCGUCACCGGCUCGUCCGACCACACCUGCAUAGUUUGGGACAUCAAGAGUGACUACAGGGCCAUCCGCCGCCUCACAGGCCACCAGGCCGGCGUCCUCGACGUUUGCUUCGACGACAAAUACAUAGUCACCUGCUCCAAGGACACAACCAUCUGCAUAUGGGAUAGGCGUACGGGUGAUCUUGUCAAACGCCUGCUAGGCCACCGUGGACCAGUCAACUCGGCCCAGCUCCGCGGUGAGCUGAUCGUCUCUGCCAGCGGCGAUGGCGUCGCGAAGCUCUGGAAUAUCACGUCAGGCCUCUGUAUCAAGGAAUUUCCCAGCCGCAACCGCGGCCUCGCCUGCGUUGAGUUCUCCGAGGACGCCCGCACAAUCCUAGCCGGCGGCAAUGAUGAGGUCAUCUACCAAUUCGACGCAAACACAGGCGAACUUGUGGACGAGUUGAAAGGUCACUGGGGCCUCGUGCGCUCAUUGCAUAUGGACUCGGCAAAUGGACGGAUAGUGAGUGGGAGCUACGAUAGGAGCGUUAAGGUUUAUGAUGCGGCAAGUGGGCAGUUAUCGAUCAGUUUGGCGAAUUGGACAACGAGUUGGAUUCUCGGUGCCAAGAGUGAUUAUCGACGAAUUGUAGCGGCGGGCCAGGAUGGGCGUACUGUUAUUAUGGAUUUUGGGUAUGGGCUCGAUGGGAUUGAGCUUCUUGAGGAGUGAUUUACGGGAGUUAAUAUGUCAAGACAGGUUUUUUCUUUUCUUCUCUUUUCUUUUCUUUUCCCUUUUCUUUUAUAUAUAUAUAUUAUUUUUUUAAUAUUUGGAGCAUCUGUUUCUUCUCUUUUCCUUUCUGUCCUUUUUUAUCUGAACACAAUUUCUUUCGUCUCUAUUUCCCUUGCAUCGUCCCUCUGUUUUGGUUCGGAAAAUCCGGUUCUGUUAUUCUUUUCCCCCUACACUGAGCUGCCACCCGGUGUGUGCAGCUUCUUCAUUUAUCCAAUCUUGACAUUCGCACGCGACGCCUACUAUCUCUCGCUGUUUUUUCCUUAUUCCUUUUCUUUUCUUCCCUUUUCUUCUGGUUUCAUCCUCACUGUUUUCUUUGGCCGUCUGCAGCUUAUUUGCUUUUGCCUGCACACAGAAAUGAUUUCAUCCUGAUAUUCAUCUGUUCUUGCACCUAUUUUCUAUGUUAUGUUACGCCUGUGUAUAACCGUCAUAGACAGUCUUCUGUUCUCGAUUCUUAUUAUCUACUUUCUUGUCUUGUCUAUUCUUUUCUCUCCUUUCCAUUUCUAUUUCCUGCUUCUCUAUAGGUUUUAAACCUAUGUUGCCUUCUACUGGGAUUUUAGACCUGUUUUUUCUUAUCUAUAUAUUUCUUUCUUCGGUUUUUCUCUUGCGCUAUACCGGAGCUGGGUUGACUGUAUUCAUUUUCAAUGCUGUAUGUGCUGUAUGAGCUGUAUGUGCUGUUUGUUGCGGUUUGACUGCUGUUCAUAGAGAUGGGAAUGUUUUAACUAUUUUCUUCUUGUCGGUUUCUCCUCUUCUAUAUGAAAUAAUUAUGCCGCACGCCUAGCACGAAUUUUUAUUAUCCAUUUCAACGCUAAACUUUUUAUUCUCUUCAGACAUGUGAUUGUAUUCAGUGAAUUUGAUGAUACCUAAUAUUUUGCUUUGCUAGCGGAGUGCUAAAAGGAUUUUCUUGGACUGUGAGUGGAGGAAUUGAACAGGAAGAACCGUUCCGAUGACAACGAACCACCGGAAGGC